AUGCACGGGCUGCGGGCCUCUCUGCGCGCGCCUGUCUCUGGCGCCCCUCCUCUUUGCGCCCUCGCGCGUGCCGCCUCUUCCGCCCACGCGUCAGUGCCUGCGCUGCGUCCGCAGAAUAGCGCCCCUCACCGCCUUUCCCUCCCGCGCGAACGUCCCGCGCACACCACGAUCGCGCGCCGUCCGACUCCCGCCCAGGGCGGUGUGCUCGUCGGCAGAGGAGCCGUUGCGCGGCGGACCAGGGGGCACUGCGGCGAGAUCGUGAGGAGGGACGGAGAUGCGGCGGGGGGCGACAGCUUUGAGCGCGCGGGGAGAGAAUUGGACAGGCGGGCGCGGGGCGCGAGAGCCCGUUCCGGCGGCAUUAGGCGGAGGCGGAGCGCCUAUCCGGGGACAUGCGCCCGUGGGCAAAAGACGGGAAGGGGCGCGGGGACGGUGGCGAGGGGAGACGAGGCGAGGGCGGUGGCAGUAGCGGCAGCGACGCGGAGGGGGAGGAGGGAGGCAUGGGCGGCAGAAGCAGGGCGCGCAGCAGCAGGGCGGAGAGGCGGGGCGCAGCAGCAAGACCUCGCAUCCUUCUUCCGCACCCAGCGGACGGGCAUAGCGCGCAGGGGCAAGGGCGCAAGCACCAGCCUGUGCGCGUUGACCUCAGCAACAACCAACCCCCAGUUCCCUGGUGCCACCCCUUCUGGUUCCCUGGUGCCACCCCUUCUGGUUCCCUGGUGCCACCCCUUCUGGUUCCCUGGUGCCACCCCUUCUGGUGACCCCGCUGCUGGAAGCGCAGGGAGCGCGAGCGUGGCGCAGCUGCGGCUGGGAGGCAACGAGCUGGCAGGGUCCAUCCCUGACAGCCUCUCCACACUCACACAUCUCCUCCCUCUCAAUCUCUCCACCAACCAUCUAUGGUUUGCCAGCGGCUGCAGUGGCAGGCAUUGUGGCAGCGAGUGUGUGUGCGCUUGCCGUGGUGGCAGCAGCACUGUGUGUAGUGGGGUGGAGGGGGGAGGUGGAGAGGAGGAGGAGGCUGAACGGGUACUUGUUGAUGGUGAAGCAGGCGCCAGUGAGAGUGACGGUGGAGGGGGUGGUGGAGGGCACCAAGAGCUUCAGUGCAAUGUGCUCGGCUCGCAGUGCAUGCUGGCCAUCAAGAGGCUCCAUGCUUCGUUUCUGCCUCUCCCUCUACCACAGCCAUGGGCAAGGGGAGCAACAAGGGCAUGGGGCCAAGGGGGUUUCAGGGGAGGAGGCGAGGGAGGCAGCGGAGCAGCUAGCAAACAAGGAGGUGCAGGCGGAGGUGCGCAUGCUGGGACAACAGCACUGCAAAUGAGCGUGCAACAGCAGCCAAGGCCAUCAUCUGCAUCCUCACUGCCAUCAUCGAACCCCUCCUCCGCCACUCUUUCCUCUGCAUCCCUGCCUGCUGCCCAACACACAUUCACGAUGUUCAGGCGGCACACAUGUCCGCGGCCGUGCUGGGCAAGUAUGGCGCUGGAGUAUGCGCAGCGUGGGAGGGUGACCACAGCCGCAGAUGUGUUUGCAUUGGGGAUGGUGCUGCUGCAGCUGGUGUCGGGGCGAUGGCCGUACGACGAGGAGGUGGAGGACAGGGGGCUGGCCAGGUGGCCGGGCGGCCACGUCUGUGUGUGCCGUGCUGGACCUGCUGCUGGGGCCGUCCAUGCUGGAUGCGUGGACGUAACUCAAGAGUCUGCAUGGCAUGGUGGCGCACAUGCAAGGCCACGAGCAGAUGAGGAGGACAAGGGUAAGGUUGGGAGCUGCUGUGGGGCUGGAAAGGCAUAG